GAAGAAGCCUGUCGUGACUCCGGCUAGUAGGUUGGCGCAGCGCCUGCUCGCGCUGCGCGAGAGGCUGCCAAGCGCUGUGGCAGCCGCUGCGGGCGCGCGCGCCGAUCGCAAUGGGGCAGCCUGCGAAGAUGUAACGCGACGGCUGCUAUGGAUGCGCAAUGGAGGAACGAGCUGGAAGCGCUGCAGCAACUGCUGGCGAGCCAGCAAUCGCAGAUUAUCACUCUGCAGAAGAAGUUGGGCGUCAGCACACCGGAGGACGAGGCGGAUGUACCGGCCGCCGAAUACAGGCGCGUGUUCCUGGCGACAGCCGCGUUUCUCUUGUGGGAUAGCAUAGCAAUGUCCAUCGCCGCGUUUACCAGCGGAAUGGAAGGUGAUUUGGGACAAGUCGAAACGCUUUUGUGGCCCAUGUGCUGGACUGUACUAAUGGCUCUGGUGCUGGGAACCAUGGACUCGUCGGUCGCCGGACGGCACGCCCUUCUAAUAUAUCGUGGCUGGGCUAUCAUCCAAGUCGUGGUCAUUCCGCUCCUCUGGUGGAACAGCGGGAGGCGCGAGGUCGCUGUGUUCCUGUUCGUCAUGUUUAUAGUGAACGCGAUUUUCUGGCCAUGGAUGGGCAAGAUGAUGCUUGAGACCCUUCGGGCUAGGGGUGCGCUGACAACACAGGCGCAGCUGUACACGAAUCGCGCCAUGAAAGUCUUGGGAUUUCAGAUCUUGCUAGCUAUAACCGCCUUGGCCCAGGGCAUCGGACGCGAGUCGUACGCAAGGGUCUACGCCACCUUCGUCUUCUCCGUCGUGCUGAGCAGCUCUUGGGUCUACCUGACGGCUAUCUUUGACGUCUGCAAUGUAGACAGUCGCGCUGUUGCCAAGCUGCGACUCUCGCCGUUGCAGGCGACGACGCUUGCUUUUUGGGGUGUGAACCUCCUCGCUGGGCUUGCAGGAUACAUUUUAGCUAGUCAGCGGAGGCCAUCUAGAUGGGCUUCAUUCGCGGUGGGCUACGUGAUGAUGGGUUCUGGUUGGAUCACGAUGGCGUUCGUCGGUCGCCUCGUCUAUGUCGCGCGUCGUGGGCGCGAUGUCCCCCCGGCCGCGAGCGUCAAGCCAGUCGAUGCACUGGGUUCGCUCGACCUGCCUGGGGCGUAA